GUUAGCAUAAAGUACUCGUUAUUUUUGGUUAUCUUUUAUGUCUCCACUCCAGCGAUCUUACCACUUUUACUCAAAUGUCAAACCCAUUACUGAUACAUUGAGAUGGAGAUUAUGGAAGACCAUCUGCAACAACUAUACUUCUGUGGUCAUCCCCUCCUCCUUAACCACCUGAGCAGUUUAAGCAAAGAAACUUGUUGCUCGGCUUGUGGGGAUCCAUUGUUCCCUACCCAAACCUCUAAGCCUCCGCCGCCUCCGCCGCCACCGCCUCCGCCACCGCCUCCGCCUCCGCUUCCGCCUCCGCCUCCACCACUGCCAUCAUUUGCUCCUUCCCCCGGUGGUGAUGCGUGGGAUUAUUUUUUUCCUCCACCUCCUCCCCCUCUGCCGUCUUUUAAUCCUCCCUCCUCUAGUUCCGAGAAACGUGAUGAGUCGUAUCCCCUGCGGUCUUCUGAUCGUUCCACCUUUAGUUGUGAGGAAUGCGAUCAGUUUCAUCUCCAUGGAAGAUGUGCAAGGGCGCCUCUAGAAUUUUCCCAUCACCCUCUUCAUUGGGAACACCCUUUUCUUGUUCUUCAAGCAGGUUCGGGUGGUUCUUCUUGUGUUUUAUGCCAGGAAUCGGGUAAGAAUUUCAUCUACCGAUGCCCUUCUUGUGAUUUUACCCUUGAUUUCAAAUGUGCUUUAUUGUCCCAUGCUCAAAAGUUCCUUGAAUUCAAAUAUAACCUCCACCUCCAUCCAUUGCUCUUCAUUGAAGACCAUAAAGAUGAACUCAAAAAACUUGUUUGCUCCACAUGUGAGGAACCUUUGCUAGAUUCUAUAUAUGUUUGCAUUGAUUGCAGAUUUUAUAUUCAUAAGAACUGUGCUCAAUUACCCACUGAAAUUAAUCAUCCAUGUCAUCGUUUACACCCUUUGAAACUUGAGUCUCAUAAUAAGUCAGUAUUUUGUAAGCUUUGUCAAGCUAAACAUUCUGGACACUUUUAUUGUUGUCCUCCUUGCAAUUUGGACAUUCAUAUCCAAUGUGUUUGGCCUCACCCUAUAAUUGAAAAUAGAACUCGCCAUGAACACCCAUUCAACUUGUUUUGGAGGCAAGGAUCGUUCAUUUGUGAUGCAUGUGGUUCAGAGGGGAACAAUCUUUGCUAUAUAUGUUCUAUAUGUCACCUCCAAGUUCAUAAGAAGUGCACUUCUUUGCCGCGCGUCAUCAAAAUCUCACGGCACAAUCACUUUGUUUUCCACAAGUAUUUGAAGCAAGAAGCAAAGAUUGAAAAGCAAGAGUGUAUGAUUUGUCAUCAUGAUGUGAAAAUGGAGUAUGGGUGUUAUUGUUGUUUGAAGGAUGAUUGCAAUUACUUUGUUCAUGUGAAUUGUGCUACUGAGGAUACCAAUUUGUACUACAUUGUUGAUUCUGAAAAUCCAGACGAGUUGGUUGAGAAACCUAUAGAAUCCGCAAUCACUUGUGUCAUUGAGGUGAACGAACACGGAGAUGCUACGAAGAUAGAACAUGUCAGUCAUGAACAUUGCUUAGUUCUAGGAGACAUGACCGAGGACGAUGUUGAUAAACAUUGUGAUGGAUGUACACUCUCGAUCUUGGGUUCAUUUUACUCGUGUUUGCAAUGCAACUUCUUUCUCCAUAAAUCUUGUGCCGACAUACCUAUGAAGAAGCAUCAUUGGUUUGACAUACACUUGCUAGACCUUGAAACCAAUUGUAUUUUUCAAUGUGAUAUUUGUCUUCAACAAUGCUGUGGUUUCGUUUACAACUGCGAUGAAUGUGAGUUCUCAUUUUGUCUUAAAUGUGCUAUGAUUCCUGAUACUCUCGAUUACCUGAGCCAUGAACAUCCUCUUUUCUGGGAUUCCAAAUACAAAGGGAAAUGCAAUGCUUGUGGUUUAGGGGUUUAUGAUGGAUACAGAUGCAAGAGUUGCAAGUAUGCUGUGCAUUUCGAAUGCAUUACACUUCCGAACGUGGUGCGGCACAAGUGUGAUAAACACUUCCUGAAACUUACUUAUCGUGAUGAAAGUGAUUACCCAGAGCAGCACUAUUGUGAUAUUUGUGAAGAACGAAGAGAUCCGAAUAAAUGGUUUUAUUGUUGCUCGAUUUGUGAUACUUCUGUUCAUCGGGGAUGUGUUCUCGGGAAAUAUCCAUUCAUCAAGGCUGGGAAGACAUACAGGUACGAGGGUCACUCACACCCCCUCACAUUUGUUAGAAAGAUGUAUCAUUACCUGGAAUGUGCUAUAUGUGGCGAGUUUUGUGAAGAUUUAGCUCUUGAGUGUGAUAUAUGCAGCUAUAUUGUCCAUUGGAAUUGUAUAUCUCCAUUUUUUUCUUUAAAUUUUAUAAGUUUGUUUGCACAUCACAAUGUUGAUCAACCGUAAGAAUUAUCGUAGAGCAGAGAACUCUGCCAUUAGUGGCAUUUAUUGUGUUGUACAAACUGAAAAUUGUGUGAUAGUUUUUAGUUUGAAUAGUGUUGCUAAUACUAGUGCAGUUUCAUGAUUUUUGCUAA